AGAAGACGGCAAGCACAAUGGUCGCGGCAGCCCUGCGCAAAGUCUGCGAUGCACUGGAGCAGGUUUUCACCAAAUUCUCUAUGGACGCGUUCAAGGGCCUACGUGUUAAGCAGCUCCCGGCCGUUGUGCUUGUCGUUGCGUCCCCGACGUCCUCGGAGAUCGAGUGCCACGAAUGGGGAUGGAUGAGCGAUCGUCAGCUUAUGCCACACCUCGAGCACUUGGUGAAGAACGCGUACGUUGUGGGGCAGCUGCAGGCACCUGCACCGCAGGUCCGAGUCAUAGCUCGGAAACAGCAAGCGGACGACAUCCAGCGUCCCGAGGCGGAAUCCUACUUCGUAAACCCUAAGGAAUCUAGGGCGAUUGGCCUGGCAGAUGGUCCUAGAGCCUGCCCUGCAGAACACGUUCGGCACUGCGGCGCAGUACGUACCGCAUAUGUGCAAUAAGGGGGUCACCAAGGACCUGUCGGCCGGACAUAUUGCAAGCUGGGUGCCUUCAGAGUCUGGUGGCCCUUGCCCCUGCGGUGGCAGUUGUAUGGCCACACGUGUUGCCCUGGGUUUCCCAUGCAUCCCCUUGGUGAACGCACAGACCGUGGAUCUACGUAAGGAACUGUGCUUGCAGCUGAUUGCAUGGGCAGAGUCACAUGACGAGUGGUAUGCCGCCAAGGCUGCGAGCCACGAGGGAGGAACUGAUGCGGAGUUUUGA